ACUCGAAGACUUCACUUUGUGCUCAAGUCGUUUAGUCUUCGUUUCUUUUUUCGUGAUUAUAAGAUAACCAAUUGAUGUUAAACAGUGGUCUCUUUGUGGAGGAGUCGAUGUGCAAGUUCGUGUGCGUGUGAGAGUGAGAGAUUAACCGUGAGCGCGCAGCACGCUCCCGUGUCCGUCCAUCGAUGAUCCAUCAGCGGUGAGAGAAAAACAUGACGACCCGAUCUUUGCGCUCCCUGUCCGGGGCUUUGAAGCCGCUGUUCAACGGUCAUUUGUCCAGGGUAGGAGCAGUCUCUGAGUUGAUAAACAGAAAGUUACUCUCUCUUUACUUUGUGACAUUUAAAGUGGUGUUUUAGCUCUUUCAACUGAGCAGCAGUGAGAGUCAGUAAGCAGAUUAACGGUCGGUUGGUUAGUUGGCUAACUUAGCUAGCUGGGUUAAUGUCGCUGUCUUUUCAGCACCACACUUUCCUCUUUCUGCUGAUAACUCGGUUUCACUGCAGAAUAAAAUCCUACUACUUCAGCAGCAUUUCUUUUUAUUUCAUUCAAGCGAGAUAAAAACACUGAUGCAUUCAGAAACUGCUCCCUACACUCAUGAAUAAUACAACAACCUGAGGGUUUCCAGUUAACAGGAACUGAGAUACACUUCUGUUAAACACACUCUGUGUUUAUGCUGUGGAUGGAAGGUUUGAAUUAGAAUUUGGUAGAUAUAAAAAGAUUAAAACCACACUGUUAAGGCUGACUGUGGCACAUUAUAGAUAGAGGAGAGCGGGGUAAGUUGAGACACCCCCUGUUGCUUGGAAAUGGUAAAAUAAUUGAUCAUGUGACCAAAUAUUUAGGAGAUGGGCAUCAAUUCAUGGAGUCUGUGAAAGUUAGAAUCACAUGGGUGAAGGGGUUAGACAUUUAUUUACAAAAAAAAGAAAGUGUUCAGACCAAAAAAAGAUCAUUUUAAAUUAGUGUUAUUCAUCAGUUGUGGUAUCGAUGAGCAUAAAAGUCCACCAUGUUAGUUUAGAGGACUAAUAAAGUCAUCAUAGUAGUUCAGGGGUAACUGAGAAAGUAAAGGAGUCUGAUGAGAGGAUCAGAGUAAACGUUCAGAUUGUUGAAAUGUUUGACUUUUUCUUUUCUAAAAUACAGAUCUGUGAAUGUUCUGAACCACUUAAAGACAUUCUCAUGUCAAAAUGGAUUUUUACUAAACAGCUUUUUAGCAGUUCAGGGAUACAGUUCAACUCACCCCAUACACGGGGUAAGUUGACCAUAGGAGACCACUUUGUUUUGUCAUGCUAUAUUAUCAAGAUUACAGUUCUGUUUACACUCAUUCUGUUGGUUUGCAGGGAUGAACAACAUCUUGAAAUAUCUGCAGAUGCAUGAGUUAGAGACAAAACUAGGAUUGACUUGAUGUAGUGAUCUGAAGUAUGAAAAAUGGCUCAUCUUACCCCACUCUCCCCUAUGUAGGUUAUCCUUACGUUUACACUUCAUGCCUGAAACAAUCAAAACUGCAUCUUUAGAAAUUGGUGUCAUGAAAAAGUUAAAUAUUUUCCACUAGUGAGAAGGCUUUUCAUAGAUUUUCAUCAUUUUUUUUAUGUCUACUUGAAUGAAGUUUGAGAAAGUUACUGUAAACAUACUAAAUAUAGAUUCAUAAAUAAGACUUUUGACUUGAUAGUUGUCCCGAAGAUGUCCUGAUGAUUGACACUCCUAAGAGGGAGGGUAAGCUACAAAAGCUGGCUGUACACAGGUCUCUACGAAAGCAUAUUGAUAAUUUGGGAAAGCUGUCCAGAAGAGCUAUGUCAGAACUUUAGAAGAGCUUCACAAGGAGUGGACAGAGACAAAGCAGUCAUUAACAAACUAAAGCUAAACGAUAUUUUCUCGUUUAAUUAACAGUUAGCAACAAAAUAAGGUACCGCAAAGUCAUUUUGAGGAGAAAACACAUCCAGAAUGUCUCGAUUAAACUCUUCAGUUGUGAAUUGUUGCUGUUUCUCUUUCAGAAAACAAAUACCUGAAGCUUAAUUAAGGAACCCAAACACAGAGCUACUUUAACACUGGAUCAAUUAAAAACCUUCUCUACCUAAAAACUGGAUUCCGGCUUAAACUUUCUCAGCUAAUGACCUCUUUAUGUUUUCACAGGUUUAUGGUGUAUCUGCAUGUAAUCAGAGACACAAGUCGACGUAUGCAGUAAGUCAUCAGGUUAUAAAGUGUCUUUAAAGAAGAAACCCACUCUUGAUUGAUCACCUCGUGGUUUUCCUCACCUGAUAUCCCUGCUGUUAAACCCCACAGGAACCCCCCAGUUGAAACAUGUCGUGUCUUCACUGCUUAUGCACAUGAAUACCAAUGUUUGUGUCUCAUCGAUAUGCUCGUGAUGCUGCCAGGAAGCUGCUGGGCUGUGCGUGUCCCCUUCCUCUCUGUCCUACUAACCUCCCUGUUUUCUCUCCUCCGCACUGAAUCCCACCUCCAUCUGUCCACCCACGCCAGACCAUCGUAAGUAAAGCUGUUUAGAGGUUUUAAAGAACGAUGAGAAAAGAGUUUCUGUCUGACAGAGCUGCUCUGGGAGGAGUUUAAAUCUGUGUGUUUGGGUAUUCACCACAGCCUCCACCAGCGCGGUAUGGAGGCCGACACACUGUGACUCUGAUCCCUGGAGAUGGCAUCGGACCAGAGCUGGCCAACCAUGUGCGUGAACUAUUCCGGUGAGAAUUCACACAGACACACACACACGGAUGAGAUCAGAUCACAUUAGAUUCUUCAUGAGGGGGAAAAAAAAGGACAAUACGUAAUUAAAGCUCCUGUGAGGAGUUUUCAGCUGGUUGUAAAUGAGAUUGAGUUUGACAGUGAUGUUUCAUAAUGACCUUAAAAAGUGUAAAAGACUGUCAGCAACAAAACUUUGAUUUCUAUAUUUAUAUUUUGAAUGUCUGACACUGAAGAGAGGGGGUAGGUUUCAACACAGUUUUUGUUGUAAAUGUGGAAAAGCAUUAUACCACCCCUUCAAGAGAUCAGAGGUAUCGCUUCAACCACAGGGGGCGCCAAAAUCAACACAAAUAAAAGGUUUCUCACAGGAGCUCUAAGUUAAAAUAGAAAAUAAGUAAGUUUUAACAUUUCAGAUGCACCUUGUAGAUUUUUGGAUUAUUCUUGAACACAGUCCCGGCCCAAGGCAUAAGCGAACUAAGCGCCUGCUGAGGACCCUGCGACCAGUAGGGGGCCCCCAAGCGCAAUAACAAAAAAAUGUAAAUAUCUUUUAUUUUUUGCAUGUAUGAGUGAUGCUUUCUGAAUGAUCAACUAUCUAGUAUUGUAGAAAUUAAAUUAAAUAAGAUAAAAUAAUAUAAAAACAUUUUAGUGCUGCUGCUGAUGUAGGCCUAUAAUUCUUACUGCCGAUAUGUCAAAUCUCCGCUACGGUUAUGUGCCUUCUGCUGUAAAAUGUGCACCGAGCAUCCAAAGAGCAGGUAGUUGUGGGACAAAACAAUGUCACAAACAAGGACAUAUCCUUCAGGAGCAGAGAAAAGAAAGAGGAAGAAGAGAAAAAACGACAAGAUAAAGGUUUGUUUGCAUGUCAGGGAAUGUUAAUCAAAGAGUUUGCUUAGGGCCCCAUCGAGGCUCGGGCCGGCUCUGCUUGAACAUUUGAACAUGCUCUUAAUUAAGCUACGAUGUCCUUGUCUGUGAUUCUGUCUCUAUUAUCUGAUUUGUUCUUGCGUUAACACAGCUGCUGGUCGAAGACAGAUCAAUACCACUGUGUUUGUUACACAUUAUAAUUAGUGUAAUGGCCGGACAGUAAUCCCGCUCAUUUCCCUGAUACUGAGAGGAGGGCUGCCGGCGUUGUGCCUGUUAGCGGCUCACACUCUCACUAAAUGACUCAGCUCUGACACGCAGAGUCGAGAUGAUCUCCGUCUGCUUUUCAUCGUCAGGUUCUGCUGUGUGCCGGUGGAUUUUGAAGUCGUCAAUGUGGACUCAUCCAUGGCAUCAGAGGAUGAUAUCAAUAAUGCAAUUAUGGCGAUCAGACGCAAUGGCGUUGCACUGAAAGGUACUUUCAUGCUCUUAAACAAUCACUUCACAAUUUUCUGUUAAAUGCACUAAAGCUCAACAAACUGAAAAUAAUCGUGGAGUUAAUCGGACCAUCAUGGCCUUCAUGUGGACGGGAUUUCUCUUUGGACUAGAUCAGUUUUAUUUAGGUGCUCCAUACACUGACAGCUGAGAGUAUUCAUUACUGAAAAAGAUGACUCACACUCUUCAGUGAAGCCCACAGCUCUGCUCUGAAUCACACUCGUGAAUCAUCAUCAUUAUAUUACAACUACAAAUGCUAAAACGCCGGUCUAGUCAUACAUUUGUGAUCCUGAUCGUCUUAGUUCGGUGUGUAAGCAUGCGGACAUUUGCUUCUUAGCAUGCCGAUGAGAACACGGAUAAUGUUUACAGACCAGAGCAGUCGAUAACUUUUGAUCCAAAAGUUUUGAAAGUUAAGACGAGAUCAAAGAUAACCCUAAAGAGAGCUAAAUUUAAUUUAAGCCCUUUAGAUCUUUACUUUUCAUCCUCUUGAGUUCAUGAGUUUUAAGGGAAAAAACUGCCAGGAGUGAAAAACAGAAUAAGAAAAUCGAAGCUUGAGGAAAAAGUAGUGAAAAAAGAAGAGAAAUGAUUAUUUACUGAAGCAGCAGCUUUUUCUAACGUGUCAAAGAUGCAGUCGCACUGAAGUUCUGAUUCAUGUGUUACUCUCUCUUCCCAGUUUUCCUCUCUGAUAAAAACUUUCAGGACAAAUCUGUUGAGACACUUUCUCAGUCUAGUUCUGUUUGUAUCCUCGUAAAUCUUCAUCUGUUUUACUGUAACAUCGUUGUUGUUUAUCCAGGAAACAUUGAGACCAACCACAAUUUGCCACCGUCCUACAAAUCCAGGAACAACCUUCUCCGGUAAGUCGGCUGUUUUCAUCUGAACUUCUACCUGCUCCAUCAUGUCUCCUCUUCUCUUAACCCACUAACCUCUGCCCUCUCUCUCUCUGCAGCACCACUCUGGAUCUGUACGCCAACGUGAUGCACUGUCAGUCUCUGCCCGGAGUGAGGACACGCCACAGAAACAUCGACAUCAUGAUCAUCAGGGAGAACACGGAGGGAGAGUACAGCAGCCUGGAGCACGAGGUGAGCGAGCGGGAAUCGAAACGGCGUCCGUGUCUUUGAAUCUUGACAAAUCCAACCUUCGCUUGUUCAUCUUUGUCCCCGCAGAACGUCCCGGGCGUUGUUGAGUGCCUGAAGAUCAUCACAAAGACGAAAUCUUUACGCAUCGCUGACUACGCCUUCAGGACGGCUCGGGCUAAAGGACGCAGACGAGUCACGGCUGUUCACAAAGCUAACAUCAUGUCAGUUUCUCUCUUUGGACGAACAUUUUUCUCCUCUGUGAAUCCAGAUCGGUGUUGAUGCGUUUGUUUGUUUGUUUGUCGGAGCAGGAAGUUGGGGGACGGCCUCUUCCUGGAGUGCUGUAAGGAGGUUGCCUGCGGUUACCCAGAAAUCAGCUUUGACAGCAUGAUUGUGGACAACACCUCCAUGCAGGUGGCUCCUCUGUUCUCUCUUGGUUGACUCGAACCUCUGUAGAUGUUCCUGAAUGACGUUUCAGCUGCUUGUGUUUGUGUGUCAGUUGGUUUCCAGGCCCCAGCAGUUCGACGUGAUGGUCAUGCCCAACCUGUAUGGCAACAUCGUGAGCAACGUGUGUGCUGGGCUGGUUGGUGGACCAGGUCUGGUCCCUGGAGCAAACUAUGGAGAGGACUACGCCGUGUUUGAGACGGUGAGGAGGAGUCAUAUUACAAAGAGUGAAAGGCUGCUCUUUUACGCCUCUUUUGUUACAAUUAAAAACAGACUAACCUACUCUCUUCCAGCUGCCGCUUGUUUGUAGCGAGACCUCAGGCCAGUCCAUCGAAUGCAGUGGGGUUUCGUAGCUCAAGGAAGAACAUUUAUGAUCAUUUCUUCAUGGAAAUACAAUCAGACUGAAACGCUAAGACAGAAGAACUACCGCAUCUGCAGUGAAAAUGAUUAAUAUGGUGAUUAUUACUUCAAGGAAAUGAUAAAGAAAUGAUCAUAAAUGUUCUUCCUUGAGCUGAGAAACCCCGCUGUAGUUGCCUGGAGGUCUCGCUACAAACAAGCGGCUGCUGGAAGAGAGUAGGUGAGUUGUGUUUAGUCUCUUUGCUAAAGAAAUGAGUCAAAGUUAAAAAGAUGUUUGGUGUCUAGUACUAUGUCUGUGACCCUAUAUGUACUGUUGAUGAAGUUAGGUGCUGUUCUGAGCAUUAUUUGUGGCUAUAGAGUGGCGUUUUGGUUGAGCGCUUGUGUCUCUGUAUUGCUAUCCUGCGGUCGUUACUAAAGUUGGUAUAACUAGAGAAGCAAGCGGUCGGCAACAUUCAUGUUGGGAGGGGGGGUCUAACUUAAUUUUACACCGGAAUAUCCCUUUAAAGCUCCUUUAUUGUUCUGUUUUUCUUCUUCAUGAACUCGGAGCAUGUUUAUCUCUGUUUCAGGGAACCAGGAACACCGGGAAGAGCAUCGCUAACCGCAACUCAGCAAACCCCACAGCCAUGCUGCUGGCCUCCUGCCUGCUGCUGGAUCACCUGAGGCUCCACGCCUACGCCAGCAUGAUCCGCAGAGCCAUCCUGUCCACGGUCACAGAGACCCGGGUACGACCCAGCUCAAAAAUAACAAUAACCCGAGUUAUUCUAGUCCUAAAGAAUUAAAACAGAUUAUUCUGCUCACACCGUUUCCCUCCUCUUCAUCCUUCUUCAGCUGCACACCGCCGACCUCGGGGGCCAAGGCUCCACCUCUGAUGUGGUCCAGUCCAUCAUGAACGCCAUUCAGAGCACGGGGCCGCAGACGCUGAGCAUAUAGAGCAGACAUAUUAAUCUCAGCUCUCUCUCACAGCAGAGACGUAUGAAUUAAUGCGCCUCGCUGUCGUCACUCCUCUAUGCAAGUCCGCUCUAAAAAUAGACAUUUGAAUGUGACUAAAACAGUUUUUGCAUCUAUGCAGAAGUUUAUUAUCUUAGAUUGUUUGUAUGAAACUCUCUGUUUUUAAUCUGAUUAGUUUAUAUUUAAUGAAAUAUUUAAUAGUGUUUGGUUUAACUUAUUCAGUUUGUCCUUCUGCUGAAUGUUCUGGACAGCUGAUCUGACACCUGGACCUCUAAUAAAGACUGCCUCAUCAUGUAUCA